AUGUCCACGCUGCUGAAGAUUGCCUUGAUCGUGCUCCUCGGGGCUAGGCCAAUCGUCGCCGGUUCCCUGAAGGAUAUUGAACAUGUGGUAAUCUUCAUGCAGGAGAACCGGUCUUUCAAUAAUAUUAAUGAUGAUGGGCUACCUGUGUGGCAUCAGAAAGUCGAUCCUGAUAUGUCCACCGAUGCAAAGACCCUUCUUCCCUGGUACUUGGGCUAUAAAGGCGGAUAUUGGAACGAUGCCAUCCAGUGUAUGGUAGCGGGGAGCAAUGGCUACGAGGAGAAUCAGGGCGCCCUGAACCACGGGUUGAAUACCAAUUGGGCACGAAAUAACACUCCAUGGAGCUGGGGUUACCUUAAACGAAACGAUAUUCCUUACCAGUUUGCCCUUGCUGAAGGCUGGACAAUGGGUGAUAUGUAUCAGGAAUCGCAAGUAACUUCCACCAAUCCUAACCGUGUCACUCUGGUGAGUGGCUCUGUCAAUGUGCCGGGGGGACCCCAAAGUCCGCACCAGGGAGGGGUUUACAUUGACAACAAUGAAACUCCAGGCUGCGACAGUAAUAAGAUUAACUGCUACCCGUUGAAAUGGAAAACCAUCUUCGAGUACUACGAGGAGGCUGGCGUCUCGUGGCAGAUAUACCAAGAUAAAGACAACUUUGACGAUAACCCGUUGGCUUGGUUUGAGCAGUAUCAGAACGCAUCCUCGUCUUCCCCUCUCGCAAAGAAGGGAAUGGCAUAUCUGGGGAUUGACGCAUUUUAUGAGGCGGCCAAAAAUGGAACCCUCCCAGAAGUCAGCUUCAUUGUUGGUCCACCAGAAUUGUCGGAGCAUCCGCCUUAUAUGCCGAAAGAGGGUGCAUGGCUCCAAAAACAGGUUGUGGAUGCGGUCGUGAAAAGCCCGAAGUAUUCAUCUACUCUGUUGAUUAUUAGUUACGAUGAAUCUGGUGGAUUUGGAGACCACGUGGUGCCGUUCCACUCCCCGGAGGAUACACCGGGAGAGUGGAUGAAAGAUCCAUACGGGAAGUUCGGAAAGAUCUAUGUUGGGCCUGGCGUCCGAGUUCCCUUCUACAUGGUGUCGCCGUGGACCCGAGGCAAUCGAGUUUUCACCGAACGUGCCGACCAUAAUUCACAGAUCCUCUUCCUUGAAGAAUGGCUGACAGCUAGAGGAUAUAAAAACAUCCAGACCGACGAAAUGGUCCACUGGCGCCGGGAACACAUGUCCAACCUUGUCAAUGCGUUGGACCUGGACCAUCCUGACACCAGCAUCCCUAACCUCCCCAACGUGGAGGAACCCCCCAAGGCCUUUGGCAAAUACGUGGGCGUCGUCAAGUGUAAAGCACUGCAUCCCGUCCAACGCCCCCCCGUACCUUAUGGAAAGCAAGACAACGUAACUGAGGCUCUGUGGUUCGAAGACGGAUACAAGGAAUGUGUGGGCUACUUGACUGAAGGCCGAUACCUGGUCUUUGAGAAAUCCGGCAAUGCGCUUACCAACGCGGGCAACGCUACUCAGAUCAGCAGUACUCCUGCCCAGCCAGACCACCGCGAUAAGAAACAGCGGUGGGUGAUUCAUUAUUCUGAUGAUGAGGAGAGCCAGGUUUUCCAUAUCUCCAGCGCCCUGGAUGGGAAAUGGCUUGGACCCAAGGGAGCGUUGCUAGCGGCUGAUCGUGGCGAGGACGCGGCAGACGUCAAGAUCACAUUCCUGGGGAACGGAAAUGGGUAUUCCUUGCAGUAUUCGGAUUCCACGCCGGUCGAAGGGCAGAAAUUCCCGGCAUCGGAUGAGGGAUAUCAGGUCUGGAGCGUGACGUAUCACUAA